AUGCUCUCUUUUGAGCUUCUGGCAAACCCAGGAAUAAUUGCAUCGCUGGAUCAGAUUGUGUUCCACUCUGCAUGUGGUUUCCUAGUUCUCGGUCAAUUUGUCUCAGCUGAUAGUACCCUAAAGGGCCUGCCCUCGAAAGCACCAGCUAGUCUGGAGAGGUAUGAUUUGUUAACAGAAAACGUAUUCAAUCAAAUCAUGAAACAGAAAGAAGCGAGAUUGCGAGAUGUUGCGCGACAUGAACACAAUGUUGCACGGAAGAAGGAUAAAAUCCAUUAUGUGCUUGUGUAG